CUUAACGAAGCGAGAAUGGGAGGAAUAUUCCUUAAAACUCAAUAAGGAUAUUCCAACCAUCAGUGAGCUCAUUUCAUUUUUGAAUAAACGGUCCCAAUUGCUGGAAGGCUUGCAACCAGCGCAACAUUCAACAUCACAAAAACUAACUGCAAAACCAAUUCUUCGUGCAAAUAACCAAACGUAUCUAGCAUUAAACAAAGCGUCCUGCCUUAUGUGUCAAGCAGACCAUUUUAUAUUCUCAUGCCAAGACUUUUUAAAAUUAACCCCUCAACAACGCUUCAACAAAAUUAAAAAACUGAAAGUGUUCCGAACGACAUAACACCCUACUUCAUUUCGAAACUCCUCAAUUUGCAAAUCAUUUAUCAAUUAAUCAACGCAAUCAUUCACAGUUGCCCACAGCAGGUACAAAUGAUAGCUCCUUCAAUUCACCUUUCGACCUCACUCAAUCUCAAUCAGUGGUCAAUCAUAUUAAGUCAGAACCAUACAUCAUGCUUUCUACUGCAAUCAUUUCAGUUCUUGACAGAAAUGGUAAACCACAUUCGUGCAGGGUUCUAUUGGACAACUGUUCGCAAUCAAACUUCAUUACGAGUUCUAUGUGUUCGAAACUUCGCCUUUCAACCAUAAACGAUUUAACGAAUCAAGUUCAAUCGACAUGCUUUUGGGUGCUUCUGUGUUUUGGAGCCUAAUAUGCGUUGGACAAAUUUUAUUACCCAAUUCGGGUACAGUUUUGCAAAAAACAAAGUUUGGUUGGAUUUUAUCUGGUCCGUUACCUUUAAACCCUCCAAAUAACUCAAUUUGCAAUUUAUCUCUUAAUUCAUCUCAGUAUCAAGCCAUACACGAUCAACUUGAAAGUUUCUGGCGAUUAGAAGAAUUUUCCAACACUCCUAAUCUCUCGCAAGAAGAGCUUGAUUGUGAAGAACAUUUCAUAAAUACUACAAGUCGGGACAGUUCCGGUCGUUUCGUCGUUCAUUUGCCAGUGAAAUCGGAAAACGUUAAAUUUUAUUUGCCUCAUCACGGUGUUGUCAAGCAAUCUAGCACCACUACCAAACUUCGAGUGGUUUUUGACGGUUCAGUCAAAUCUUCUAGUGGGAUUUCUCUCAAUGAUACCUUAAAAGUAGGCCCAAAAUUACAGGAUGACCUCAUGGAUCUUCUUCUCAAUUUCAGAACUCAUAAGGUAGCUUUUACUGCUGACAUCGAGAAAAUGUACAGGUGCGUUAUGUUGAACAAACCUGAUCGUGAACUUCAUCGUAUUCUAUUCCGUUCAAGUCUUACAGAUGAAUUAAAUCAUUACCAAUUAAACACUGUGACAUAUGGAACGUCUUGUGCAUCCUUCCUGGCUAUUAGAGCUUUACGUCAAGUUGCUAUAGACAUGAAAGACCAGUAUCCCACAGUUUCCAAUACUAUUUUGUCGCAUUUUUAUGUUGAUGAUCUUCUGUCUGGCUCCUCAUCAGUGGAAGAAGCCAAUCAGACUAUAAAGGACCUCACUCGAAUAUUACAAUCAUAUGGAUUCAAUUUGCGCAAGUUUGUUUCCAGCAGUCCCCAAGUAUUGGACAACAUUCAUGGAAAUCAAUCAGCAUCCACAAAUAAGGUUAUUUCAGACGAUAAAACAAUAAAAACCCUGGGCUUAACAUGGAAUUCCCAUUUGGACACUUUUCAAUACACAUUUCACAUAACUCCUCACACCCGUGUUACCAAGCGAACUAUUUUGUCUACGGUAGCAAAAAUAUUUGAU